AUGAUCCAGGAGAAGCUGGCUCGCGCGCGCGAGGAGGAGCAGCGCGCCGAGGAGAGGCGCCGGGAGGAGGAGGAGCGGCGCGUGGAGGAGGAGCGGCGCGUGGAGGAGGAGCGGAGGGCGAGGGAGGAGGCAGAGAGGCAGGCCGAGGUGGAUAGGAGGCUUCGGGAGGAGAAGCGGCGGAAGAGGCAGGAGGAGGCCAAGAAGCGCGGGGAGCGGGAGGAGAAGCUCCGGAUGGAGGCCGCGCGGAGGCGGCUGGGCGUCGCCGUUGCUGAUGCCACUGGCAGUGAUGAAUCAAGGAAGUCUAAAUCGGUGCCCAAGCGUCAUGUCAAUGUCCAAUCUGAAAUUGAAACUGAUCUGGGAGAAACUUUGGGGUCUGAGGACCAAUUGCAGUACGAACAGAGCAAUGCAUCGCUGGAGGAUGAUGGAGUAGGCGUUGAUGUGCUGCAAUUGGAGGAGGAACAAAUUACACAAUCAUCUUCAGAAGAGAGCAAUGAAAUCGACGAAGAUGAUACUUGGGAGAACAAGAGCUUUGAUGGAUUUGAUUCCCUAUUGCAUGGUAAAUCUCCCACUUUUAGAGAACUGGAAGAGGAGCAAGCAGAGGAAAAGCAGGUGACCUCUGCUGCUCCAAUUUCUAACCCAAUCAGUUUAUCGGAAGAUAUUGGGGAAGAUUUGGUCUCUGCCCUUGAGGAUGAAGGUCAAGGCAAUGGGGUUGACAUGGAGCUUCGUGCACCGAUAUGUUGCAUCCUUGGGCAUGUGGAUGCUGGAAAGACAAAGCUGCUUGAUUGUAUUCGGCAAAGCAAUGUGCAGGGUGGGGAGGCUGGAGGAAUCACGCAGCAGAUUGGUGCCACCUACUUACCUGUUGAGAAUAUCAGGGAGAGGACCUCCCUUAAAGCUGAGGUUACCAUCAAAGUUCCUGGCUUGCUUGUAAUUGACACCCCGGGGCACCAGUCAUUCAGUAACAUGCGCUUGAGGGGAUCAAUUCUGUGUGACAUUGCUGUAGUGGUUGUGGACAUUACGCGUGGGCUUGAGAAGCAGACCAUGGAGUCCCUUGAUCUUUUGAAACACCGCAAUGUGAGGUUUAUUGUUGCCUUGAACAAAGUUGAUCAGCUAUAUGGUUGGAAGACCUGUAUAAAUGCACCAAUAGCAAAAGCACUUAAGAACCAAACUGAUGAUGUACAAAGAGAAUUCAAAUGGAGGGUAACUGAGGUUAUAACACAACUUAUGGAAAAGGGUUUCAAUGCUGCCCUGUAUUAUGAAAACAAGAAGCUGAAACAAGUGGUCAAUAUUGUCCCAACCAGCGCUGUAAGCGGUGAAGGCAAUCCAGACCUACUUUUGCUUCUGGUGCGAUGGGUGCCAAAAAUAAUGAUGGAGAGACUGACAUAUGUCAAUACUGUGGAGUGUACUGUGCUGGAGGUCAAUGAAGAUAAAGACUUUGGAACAACAAUUGAUGUAGUGCUGAUUAAUGGUGCACUUCGGAAUGGUGAUCGAAUUGUUGUCUGCACCAAACAGGGGCCUGUCACAACCAAUAUAAGGUACUUGUUGACUCCUCCAAUGAAAGAACUCAAAGUUAAGGGAGUGUACACGCAUCAUGAGGAGCUUAAAGCUGCUCAAGGGAUGAAAAUUGCAGUACGAGGUCUGCAACAUGCUAUGGCAGGCACUUCUCUCAUUGUGGUAAAGCCAGGGGAUGAUAUGGAACGAGCUGAAGCUGCUGCAGUGCAAGAAAUCAGCAAGGCCAUCAGCCUCAUGAACGAGGAUGAAAAGGGUGAGAAUGAAGGUGGAACAGAACUACAAGAAAUUUGUAGGAUCAAGCAUUGCAGGGAUGGUGUAUAUGUGCAAGCAUCUAGUCUUGGAUCCUUGGAAGCGAUUAUUAAACAUUUAAAGACGCUUGCUUUGGAUGUUCCUGUCAGUGGUUGCAACUUAGGCCCAGUCCACAAGCAGGAUGUCAUGAAAACAACUGCCAUGCUGAAGAGGAAAGAAGAUGUUGAUAGUUUUACUGAUCACAUGAAUAAACUGAAAGAAGAGAUGAAGAAGCAAUGUGCAGCUGACGCAGUGUUCCCAUGCACCCUUAAGAUUCUUCCAAACCGUGUCUACCAUAGCAAGGAUCCAAUUGUUUGUGAUGUUGAAGUUCUGGAAGGCAUUGUCAAGGUGGGAACCCCAAUUUGUGUUUGUGUUCCAAGUAAGCAUACAAGUGCUGAUGUGAUUCAUGCCCUUGGGAGGAUCUCAUCAAUGAAAACACCAAAUGGCAUGCAGAUUAAUUCUGCCAGUCAAGGAGUUGUGUCGAUAAAGAUAAUUGAAGAGAAUCCUCAGGAGAGGUCCCGGUUGUAUGGACGCCAUUUUAACUCUGACAAUGAGCUGCUCAGCCAAAUCUCUAGGAAAUCCAUUGAUGUGCUGAAAGAGUACUAUCGGGAUGAGAUGAGUGAUGAAAACUGGCAACUGAUCUGCAGGCUAAAGAAACAAUUGGGGAUCCCCUGA